GGCCGGCCGAUCGAACGCCUUCGGCGGCGCCGCCAUGCAGCCGCCUCCGACCCCGCACGGCAGCGCGCGCCAGCUCACGUGGCUCGUGACGCCAGCGCUCGUCUCUGUCGUCGGGCACGUCAUAUUUGCGCUGCUCCUCACCCUCAAGUGGAAGGCGUUUGAGGAGCGCUACGCGGGUGGGCGGCUCGCACCGCAACACACGGCUCGGCCACUGGAACGCGCUCACGCAGACCGUGCUCUCGAUCAUCUUCAAGAUCAACUUGCUCCUCCGCCUCGAGUCGGGGAGAGGCUCGUGGUGCCGCGCGUUCUGGCCAGUCUACGCCGGCGCCGGGCUGCAGGCCAUGUUCCACUUUGCGAAGGAGCCCGACGUCCGCAACCGGCGCCCCGGCUUCCCCUUCUCCGCGCUGCAUGUGCUCUGGAUGGUUGUCUCCUUCAAGCUGGACGGCGUACAACUACGACCGCGUCACGUGGGCGUCGCUCUUCUGGCCCGUCUACCUCUUCGGUGCGCUGCUCGGCUUCACGCUGUGCUUCGCCGCCUGCUGCGGGCUGCCGAUGCUGCUGCGCCGCUGCGUGGUCACGCCGCUGGCGGCGCUGCUCCUCUUCCUCUUCUCGCUGACCGUCGCGCUGUUUGUGCCCGCCCUCACUUUCCUGGUGCGGCUGACGGCGUGGCUGGACGGCGACCGGCUGAUCUCCGCGGAGGCGAUUAUGCUGCCCUACAUCACCGCCCUGCUGCUGCUGCUCACCGUGAUGACCGGCGCCGUCUUCUUCAUGGCCGUCUCCCUCUCCCGCCGCGCCGUCCGCGCCGCCACCGACGCUGAUGCGGACGACGAGCCGCCGCUCGAGGACCUCCCUUGGAUGUUCGUCCGCGAGUCGUCGACGCUCUUCCGCGUCGUGCAGGGGCCGCUCGAGCGCCAGUUCGCACCGCCGGAGCACUCGGCCUGCUUGGUCGCGCCGUGCGAGCAGCGGUCGCAGGAGGCGUGCGCCGACGACGACGACGAAGCCGAGCUCGGUCGAGCUGCUCCCCGCUGCGCGCCGUCGCCGCCGCCGCCGCCGGAUCCGCCCCUACCUGCAGCGCCGCUCUCCGCGGAGUCGGCGGAUGCGGCGGCAGCCGCGACUGCCUCGGCCAUGCCCGCCUCCGCCGCCUCCGCCUCCGCCUCCGCCUCCGCCUCCGCCUCCGCGCCGCUGCUCUCCGCUUCGUGCGGCGAGCUCUCGAACGAGGUUGCAAUCUCGUCGGGCCAGAUUGCAAUCUCGAUCGACGACCAGCCGCUCUCGGCGCGAGGCGCGGACGCGGCGCUGUUCGGAGGCGCUCCCCUCCUCGGCGGAGGCGGCGCGGGCAGCGGCGGCGGGGGGGCGGUGGCGUUAAGCGAGUCGAGGAGCGAGGCGGGGUCUGCGGAUGGCGGCUCCGGCUCCGGCUCCGAGACGGGGGGCGACCACUGCUGGAUCUGUUUCACGGGGCCGCGCGAGGCGGUGCUGCUGCACUGCGGGCACGGAGGCAUCUGCUACGCGUGCGCCGAGCGGUGCUGGAAGCUGCGGCCGCGCGUCUGCCCGCUCUGCCGCGAGAGAGUCGCCGGCAUCGCGCGGGUUGCGCCAAACCCCGCGCACCCGAAGCUGUACGUCACGCAGAGGUGACGGUACGCCACGCAGAGGUGGCGGUACGCCACGCAGAGGUGUCGGUACGUCACGCAGAGGUGACGUCUCCGGGCGGCGGUCUUGGGGAGGCGACACUCGGUGCCGGCCGCUGCGACCCCCUCGACCUCUACUCUUGCACUUUGCGCGCGCGCGCGCUCUCUCUACGUUUGCCGCGGGUGGCGGCGAGCGCUUUUGCCCCGCCCUGUCUCCGGCCGCCACGGCCGCCAUGUCCGCGGCGUGUCUCCUCUUUGGCAUCGCUCUUCUGGUGCUCCCCUUCCCUGAACCCCCCCUCCUUUUGUGGCUGUGUGCUGGCUUGUGCUAUCUCGCGCCGCUGCAGGCGCCGGCUGUCGGUUGGAGGCGGCGGGGCGAGUUGCUACGGCAGAAACGCCGAGGCGAUCCCCCGCCGCCAUCGCGUGCCCGCUGUCAGUGUCCCCCUAUCCAGACGUACCGGCUACCGCGCAAUGUGCGACCAUUGCGCGCGUCGAGGGCCGGCGUGGCGCGUAAAUACCUUUUCUAAUAAGACGGUGUAAGCUAAA